AUGAAAAUCACUGAAGUAAGAAGUACGACGCGUGAACAGCGCAUCGCUCCUCAUACACAUAUUAAAGGACUUGGUUUAAAUGAAGAAGGUAGAGCAUAUCAGGUUGCGGACGGUUUUGUGGGUCAAAAUUCUGCUCGUGAGGCGUGCGGAAUUAUUGUUGAUUUAAUAAAAUCAAAGAGAAUGGCGGGUCGAGCGUUACUUUUGGCUGGAGCUCCUGGUACUGGAAAAACUGCUAUUGCUCUAGCCAUAGCCCAAGAGUUAGGACCAAAAGUACCUUUUUGUCCAAUGGUUGGUAGUGAGGUGUACUCUUCUGAGGUCAAAAAAACAGAAGUAUUAAUGGAAAAUUUUCGAAGAGCAAUAGGGUUACGAAUAAAAGAAACCAAAGAAGUAUAUGAAGGGGAAGUAACUGAGCUUUCACCUGAAGAAAUGGAGAAUCCUUUGGGUGGUUAUGGAAAAACAUUAUCACAUGUGAUCAUUGGUCUUAAAACCGUUAAAGGGACAAAACAAUUAAAAUUAGAUCCCAGUAUUUAUGAGAGUAUACAAAAAGAAAAGGUUACAGUUGGAGACGUAAUUUAUAUCGAAGCUAAUACAGGAGCAGUGAAAAGGGUUGGACGAUCUGAUGCUUAUGCUACCGAAUUUGAUUUAGAAGCUGAAGAAUAUGUUCCUCUUCCGAAAGGAGAUGUUCAUAAAAAGAAAGAAGUUGUGCAAGAUGUUACAUUAAAUGAUUUAGAUAUAGCAAAUGCACGACCACAAGGUGGACAAGAUAUUAUGUCUAUGAUGGUUUUAUUUAUUGAUGAGGUUCACUUGUUGGAUAUUGAAUGUUUUACUUAUUUAAAUAAAGCACUGGAAUCAUCUAUAUCACCAAUAGUAAUAUUUGCAACAAAUAGAGGAAUGUGUCAAAUAAGGGGAACAGAAGAUAUUAUUGCUCCUCAUGGUAUUCCAGUGGAUUUGCUUGAUAGAAUUUUGAUUAUCCGAACACUUCCUUAUACUUUAGAUGACAUAAAAUCUAUAAUCCAAAUACGAGCAAAGACCGAAGGAUUAACUUUAUCAGAAGAUUCUCUGAAUCAUUUGGCUGAAUCAGUUAAUGGACGAGAUAAUAUUAUAUUGGAAGAUAUCAAAGAAGUUGAUGACUUAUUUUAUGAUGCCAAAUCUUCUGCUAAAGUUCUUGCUGAAUAUCAAAUUUUGGAAAGUGUUAUAAAUUCAAUUAUUUUCCUUGAUUAA